AUGCUUGGCCUAACGAUAGCCGCCGUACGGGCCGGCAAUGGUCGUCAUUUCGCUACGCUCACCACCGAGCAGAAAUCAGAUGCCAUACUAUACACUAUUGCGGGAUUUUGCCCAGGGAUACUUUCAUUUGGGAUCCCCAAGCUAGCUGUGGUAGCACUUCUAACGAGAAUCAUGAACCCCAGCCAAGGUCACGCGGUGUUCCUUUGGUCAAUGACUGGCGGUUGCUUACUGAUUCUGCUUGGUUGUGUUGUCAUUCUCUUCGCGCAGUGUACUCCAACACGAUCGCAGUGGGACUUCACAGUUAAAGGCACUUGCUGGAGCCCAUGGGUUUUGGUAUACUAUGCCAUUGUUGCUGGCACUCUAUCCGCCAUUGUGGAUCUUUAUCUUGCGAUAUAUCCGGCUGCUGUUCUCUACAGGCUACAGAUGAACGUAAAAAAGAAGAUCGCUCUCAGCUUUGCGCUCGGGUUAGGCUCCGUAGCUGCAGCCGUUGCGGUUUACAAGUCGACUCGGCUACCUGCACUUGCCAGCGCUGACUUCAGUUACGACACUGCCGACAUCACAAUCUGGACCAGCAUUGAAGGAAAUGCAAUCAUCAUCGCCGCAUGCAUUCCAACUCUCCAGCCACUAAUCGAUCGCAUCUUCGGUCACGGUUUAUUUGGCAGCACAAGAGGGGAGCGAGGACGAAGCGGUUAUGCAUCACAUGGCCAACAUGCCACGAAGCUGGUCACAAUUGGAAGCAAAACAUUUCGGUCAUCCAGGAGACACAAGAAGACGGGGAUUUCAGAUACGACGAUAGGUCAGGAGAGCCAAGAGAGUAUUCUGAGCUUCAGCCGUCGGCAUGUUAAUCAUCGUAGUAAGGGAGAAGAAGACUUAGUCAUAACACGGACACAGGAGGUGUCAGUUCAGGUGGAAUCUAUAAGUAAUCAUUAG